UUGCUAAGAGACCACCUGUGCUGAAUGCACUUUGUUCUAGCAAAAGCUUAUGGAGAGAAAACCAAGGAGCCGUGUUAUCUACCACUACCCGGGAUUAAGUCAGGGAGCAAGAGCAGCCUGGAUAUGAUGUGUAAAAACUGGAUAUUAAUGUCUACUACUCCUCCCACAAGUCUGGAGGAUGAAAUUGUUGGAAGACUCCUAAAAAUUUUAUUUGUUAUCUUUGUUGACUUUAUGUCUAUUAUAUAUGUUGUUAUAACUUCCUAG